GCGUUGCGUCACUUCCUUCAUGCUGGACCUCCGCACGUGUCGAACCUGUGACUGUUUACAGUGUCUGGGAAAGUCUGGACCGUAGCUUGCACAUGCUACCAGAAACAUCCACAGUGUACUUACAGCCGAAGUAAAACCGCAGCGAUGCCGAAAGUCAAAAGGUCCAAAGGUGGAGGAGAGAAGAGCGGCGUCGCGGUGGUGCCGCUGGCCGACCAGAUCCUGCAGGCGGACACUGUCCGAACGAAAGGCCGGGUCAAGAUGAGAGACACCCGGGAAGAGAGCGAGGACAAGUACGUGGACGAGCGUCUGUCUCGGAAAAUCUUAGAGCAAGCCCGCAUUCAGCAAGAGGAACUCCAGACCGAAUAUGGGCUGGCACCAGAGAAGAAGAAAGCGCCCGUCACCGUUCUCGGGCCCGCCUCUCAGGAUGCAGACUCAGAUGAAGAGUGGCCGUCGCUGGGAGAAGCAGGUCCCGGAGAUGUUGAGUGCGACAAAGAAAUCAUUGUUGACCCUGAAGAUGAGAAGGCCAUUGAGAUGUUCAUGAACAAAAACCCACCAGUGAGACGGACCUUAGCUGACAUUAUCAUGGAGAAGAUCACGGAAAAGCAGACGGAGGUAGGAACGGUGAUGUCAGAGGUUUCGGGGUGUCCGAUGCCACAGCUGGACCCAAGAAUAAUAGAAGUGUACAGAGGUGUCAGUAAGGUUCUGUCAAAAUACCGCAGCGGCAAACUGCCAAAGGCUUUUAAAAUAAUACCGGCGCUUUCAAACUGGGAACAGGUUUUGUAUUUGACUGAUCCUGACACCUGGACUGCUGCUGCCAUGUACCAGGCAACGAGAAUAUUCUCAUCCAAUCUGAAAGAGCGAAUGGCCCAGAGAUUUUACAACUUAGUGCUGCUGCCUCGAGUACGGGAUGACAUCGCAGAAUACAAGCGACUCAACUUUCACCUUUACAGCGCCCUGAAGAAGGCCCUGUUCAAACCAGGAGCAUGGUUUAAAGGUAUCCUGAUUCCUCUGUGUGAAUCCGGGACAUGCACCCUCAGGGAAGCCAUCAUCAUCGGGAGUAUCCUGACAAAGUGCUCAAUCCCUGUGCUGCACUCCAGCGCUGCAAUGCUUAAGUUGGCAGAGAUGGAGUAUAAUGGUGCCAACAGCAUUUUCCUACGCCUCUUACUCGACAAGAAGUACGCCCUGCCUUUCCGUGUUCUGGAUGCCUUGGUGGCCCACUUCCUGUCCUUCCGCAGUGAAAAACGCGAGCUUCCUGUGCUGUGGCAUCAGAGUUUACUCACCCUGGCUCAGCGCUACAAGGCUGACCUGGCGUCCGAACAGAAGGAAGCACUGCUGGAGCUGUUGAAGAUACAAAUGCACCCACAGAUCUCUGCAGAGAUCCGCAGGGAGCUGCAGAACUCUGAGUCGAGGGACGUUGAAAUUGGGCUCCCUGUUACAGUUGAAAUGGACUGAUUCGGUCUUCCUUAGUAAUGUUUCCUCAGAUUGGAAAGAAUCUUGAAUCUUCAUUAUUCUUCGUGUCCUAUGAUUGGACAGGAUGCAAACAUAACAGUGUCUUGGAGUUUGCACAUUAGCAGAUGCACAUCACUAAUGAUGUGCAUCUGCUAAUGUGAUUUUUUUGUAUCCUCAGUCUCAAGGUUUUUCCUGACAGAUGAGGAAGGGCGGUCAUGUGAGCAUACAAAGACUGGUUUCUGUGUUCAUCUAAAUAAGAGCAACUGUGUUGUUUUGAAGCAAAAAAGUUAUUAAAAACAAACUGAAUCCUUAAA